AUGGGACAAAAAAUAAAUCCAAUUGGUUUUAGACUUGGUACAAGCCAAGGUCAUCAUUCCCUUUGGUUCGCACAACCAAAAAAUUAUUCUGAGGGUCUGCAAGAAGAUCAAAAAAUAAGAAAUUAUAUCAAGAAUUAUGUACAAAAAAAUACGAAAACGUCUUCUGGCGUCGAGGGAAUUGCGCGUAUAGAAAUUCAAAAAAGAAUCGACCUGAUCCAAAUAAUAAUCUAUAUGGGAUUUCCAAAAAUAUUAAUAGAAAGUCGACCCCGAGGAAUCGAAGAAUUACAGAUGAAUUUACAAAAAGAAUUUAAUUCUGUAAAUAGAAAACUUAACAUUGCUAUCGCACGAAUUGAAAAGCCUUAUGGAAACCCUAAUAUUCUUGCAGAAUUUAUAGCCGGCCAAUUAAAAAAUAGAGUUUCUUUUCGCAAAGCAAUGAAAAAGGCUAUAGAAUUAACUGAACAAGCAGAUACAAAAGGAAUUCAAGUGCAAAUUGCAGGACGUAUCGACGGAAAAGAAAUUGCGCGUGUUGAAUGGAUCAGAGAAGGUAGGGUUCCACUACAAACCAUUCGAGCUAAAAUUGAUUAUUGUUCCUAUACAGUUCGAACAAUCUAUGGGGUAUUAGGCAUCAAAAUUUGGAUAUUUAUCGAGGGGGAAUAA